AAGCCCCCGGACGUGAUUUUUGAGGAGGAGGUAAAAAAAUGUCAGAUUGACAGAUGCGCAGAAGUUGUUAGAUCGGUAAAUAGUUCCAAACGGCACCAAGUAUCAAUUUUUGGAGAUGUCUUGGCUGAACAAUCACAAAAGGAGCUGAACAAAGCCAUUUUCGAUAAUGCAACCCAUGCUGUUGUUGGAGGAUUAUCUUGGCUCAUAGUUUGUGUUAAUCAAAGAAGCAGAAGUUCAUUUUAUACAUUAUUAGAAGUUGUUGUUUGUACUUGCAUUGCAUCAUUAAUCGAUGUGGACCACUUCAUUGUUGCUAAAUCAUUUAAUUUAAAAAAUGCAACGAAUUUGGAUAAACGACCUUUUCUUCAUUGCUCAAGCAUUCCAAUUGUUCUAACUGCCUAUUUAUUGUUGCUUUCUUAUUAUUUCAAGGACCAAAAUUUGCAGAGGGCCGCUUUUGUUAUAUCAACAGCUUUUUUUUCUCAUCAUACAAGAGAUGCUACAAGGAGAGGGUAUUGGUUUUAUCCUUUUGGUCAUACUGCACCCAUUCCUUAUUUUAUUUAUUUAAUUUUAACUAUAUUUAUUCCAUAUUUGACUUAUGAAGUAAUUAAGGUUAUGGAUUUGGGGAAAAGCAAUGAUUUUUUAAUUGUUGAUGUAUAACUUUUUUAUAAAUAAAUGAUUAAUUAGUCUA